AUGGAUAACAACUCCACCUUCAACUCCUCCUCCAACUCGACCAACGGCACAUCAGAUGGCUUCCAAUUCAACGCCGCGCCGAAGCCCUUCUGGACGAACCUCCUCCUCCCAAUCAUCUACCUCACAAUCCUGAUCGGAUCCCUCUACACAUUCUCACACGUCUACCGCCAGCGCAAGAUCACAAAAGCCGCGAGGUUAGAGAACUGGUUCCCGCCGCACCGGCAACGAGAUAUUUACUUGAGUCUGCUACACAUCGAUCCGCAAGAGGCGAGUGAAGGAGGGGAGAAGAAGCUGAGCAAGGUGCCUGACUCGGUGUUGAAGGCGGCGCUGUUGAGGAGGGCUGUGGAAGAUAUUCAGAGGAUUGUGGUGCUCAGGAGUUCGAAGCCUGCGUUGCAGACGCUGUUGCAAAGAGGCUCGGUAGGAGAUGAGCUGUGGCAGAGGUUCUUGCGCGCGGAAAAGGAGAUGGAAGAGGAGGUCAAGGACGUGGUGAAUGAAGCCAACGCCUUCGCACCCAACUGGGGCCAAACCAUCUUCCAAUCCGCCAACGAGAUCAACCAAAACCGCCUCAUCAAGGAGCGCAUCGCCGAGCUGCAGUCACAGAUCGAGUCUGAGAAGGCAUGGUGGGAUAAGAAGCGGGCGGGAAUCUCGUCCGACUUCAUGAAGGAGCUGGAAGACGAGUCAAAUGCCAGCAAGGCUGUCGAGGCCGCGAUCGCUGCAGCUAAGAAGAGCGGGAGCAGUGACGACGAUGCCGUGCUGGUGGAGGGUGGUGGACCGGGGAUUGCUCAAGGCGCAGCCAAGAAGAACAAGGCGAAGAAGUAG